ACGUUUGCUGAACAUAGUAAUAUUUUCAGUUUUUAUCAAAACUUUUCCAAAAUUUUGCCCAGAAUGUUGCGUAGUUUUGGAAAUGCUUUGCUUAAGCAAAACUAUCGGGUAUGGCUCCAGCAAAAAUGCAUGGAACACAAGAUGCCCGAGGAUUUGAAAAAUGUGGAAACGGACAAGGAUCCGGAAUUCUCAUCGAUGGUCCUAUAUUACUAUCACAAGGCGGCACAAAUAAUGGAAAACGAACUGAUCAAGGAUAUGGAUGUAUAUACAUACAUGAAGCCCGAAGAGAAAAAGGCACGAGUUAGUGCCAUAUUGAAUCUGAUGGGUAGUGUAACCACAUCGGUUGAAGUUAAUUUUCCAAUUAUUAAAAGCAAUGGCACCUAUGAAAUAAUAUCGGGUUAUCGAUCACAUCAUAUAAGGAAUCGUCUGCCCUUGAAAGGAGGUAUACGCUAUGCCAUGGAUGUCGAUAGUUCUGAAGUCAAGGCCUUGGCCACACUCAUGACCUUCAAGUGUGCCAGUGUCAAUCUGCCCUAUGGUGGCUCCAAAGGAGGUGUUCGCAUUGAUCCCAAGAAUUAUUCGGUCAGUGAACUGCAAACUAUUACACGUCGCUACACCAUGGAGUUGCUGAAGAGGAAUAUGAUUGGACCAGGCAUCGAUGUGCCGGCCCCAGAUGUGAAUACUGGUCCACGUGAAAUGAGCUGGAUAGUCGAUCAAUAUCAGAAGACCUUUGGGUACAAGGAUAUCAAUGCGGCGGCCAUUUGUACGGGCAAACCAGUUCAUAUUGGUGGCAUCAAUGGACGACAUGCGGCCACGGGGCGUGGUGUGUGGAAGGCAGGCGAUAUGUUUCUUCAGGACAAAGAAUGGAUGGAUAUGCUUAAAUGGCAAACGGGCUGGAGGGAUAAAAAGGUUAUUGUCCAGGGUUUUGGCAAUGUCGGCUCAUUUGCGGCCAAAUAUGUUCAUGAUGCCGGUGCCAAGGUAAUUGGCAUCAAAGAGUUUAAUAUUUCUCUGAUCAAUCAGGAUGGAAUCGAUAUCAAUGAUUUGUUAACCUUCAGGCAAGAGAAGAAGACCAUCAAGGGCUAUCCAAAGGCCACAGAGACUACAGAGGAUCUAUUAUUGGCCGAGUGUGACAUUUUGAUGCCUUGUGCUACGCAAAAGGUAAUUACCAGCGAAAAUGCGGCAUCUAUUAAGGCCAAAAUGAUUCUGGAGGGUGCCAAUGGUCCCACCACACCGGCUGGCGAAAAGAUUCUCCUUGAAAAGGGUGUCCUUAUUGUGCCCGAUCUCUAUUGCAAUGCUGGUGGUGUAACAGUCUCCUAUUUCGAAUAUCUGAAAAAUAUCAAUCAUGUAUCAUAUGGCAAAAUGAACUCAAAGACCACCUCCCAGCUGAUUCACGAGGUGAUCAACUCCAUAAAUGAGUCUCUUACUCGCUGUGGUGAAUCUCUAGUGCCUCCAAUCGAGCCCAAUGUUAAUCUCAAGAAGAUUCGUGAUUGCACCAAAGAGGCUGACAUAGUGGAUGCAGCCCUACAAACAGUCAUGGAAGCCGCUGCCGAGGGCAUCAAGAUCACGGCCAAUAAAUUUGAGCUUUGCAAUGAUCUGCGAACCGCCACCUACAUUUGGUCAGUUUUUAAAAUCUUUCGUGCCUUGGAAAGCUCUGGAAUAUCUCAACAAUAGAAAAUUGUGGGGAAUUCUGUAUUUUAAAAUCGAAAAAUUCAAAAUGAUAUUAUCAAUCAUAUUUUUAUUUCGCCAGUAUCUAUAAUUGAUUUAAUCAGAAAUAUUUCGAGUAAUCAAAUCAAUUCAUUAAAUAUAACUUCCUUUUUAUCAUAA